AACAGCAAAUCGUUGUUUAUAUUAUAGCAGUACGACGAUUUGCUGUUUAGUUAUUAACCAACUGUUGAUUGAAUUGUUAAGUACCAACUUAUUUAAAUAUUCACACCAUGGUAUAUUUUUGGUGGUAAAACGCUCAUCAAUGAGAAUGGUGAAUGAUUAUGUCAAAGGAAUAAUACCUAAAAUACUUAAUAAUAUGAAACCAUUUCGUGUAGCCAUCGAGGGAAAUGUCGGUUCCGGAAAAUCAACAUUAAUUAAAUAUUUUAAAAAUUUCAAAGAUGUUGAAGCAAAUUUAGAACCAAUAGAGAUGUGGCGAGAUGUUAGAGGCCAUAAUUUGCUCGAACUUACAUAUUCUGAACCUCACAGAUGGAACUUUGCAUUUCAACAUAAUUUACAGCUAAGUCGUCUUAAAUUACAAUCUAAAAAGACAGAAAAAAAAGUUCAAAUUUUCGAGCGAUCCUUACAAAAUAAUAGAUUUUGUUUUGUAGAAAUGGCUCAUGAUAGUGGAAUAUUAUCUACUCCAGAAUAUAAUGUUAUGUGUGAUUGGUAUGAGUACAUUGAAAACACUGUUGAUAUAGGAUUGGAUCUUAUUGUUUAUCUAAGGAGCUUACCUGAUACUGUCUUUAAACGUAUGCAACGUCGUAAUCGUCCAGAAGAGCGCUCAGUUAAAAAGAGUUAUUUAGAAAAAUUGCAUGUAUAUUAUGAAAAAUGGCUUAUGAAAGACAAUUUAUGUAAUUUUCCAUAUUCUUUGUUGGUAAUAGAUGUAAAUAAAGAUUUAUCAGAUGAAAAUCUAAUUAAAAUUUAUAAAAAUUAUGAAGAUCAGAUUUUAGGUAAAACGCCAAUAUUAUCUUAAUGUAACAUAAUUAUAAAAUAAAAUUAUUAUUUAAGUAAAAUUUAUUUUAAAAAUGUAGUUACAUUAUUAUUAUUUUUAAUUGUGAAUUAAUUAAUGUCAAAAUACAAUAAUAUGUUAUAAUAAUUUAUUUCUAUAACUUAGUAUUGUUUAUAUGUGAAGACUUAAUAUAUAUAUGUAAAUAACUAA